AUGACUGAGCAAGCCGAGGCCACAAGUCCCAUCCGUCGAACGCGGAUCACGCGGAUCGCCUGCAAGGCUUGUCAUGCCAGGCGGGUCAAGUGUGAUGCAGCAGAUGGGCUGCCGUGCAUGCACUGCCGCACACGACAGGACCCCUGCGAACUGAUCGAAUCACGAAGGGGCAAGUACACUAGAACACCAUCCAAGAGGCAGCAACGCCGAGCUCGUGGUAGCCUUCCUGAUCUGGGCCCGGUUGAGGACGGUCGUCUUGGCUCGAGUCAACCUGUAAAUCUUACGGCACAACAGUUAGUUGACAGUGAGAUACCGGAAGCUGAGAAGCCUCCCGAGCGUGAGGCGCAAGAUGCUCAGGUCGCAGGACGUGGUGAAGGCUCAGCCCAUUUGUUGAAUUCACUUAACCUAUCCUCUAUCAUUGACAUGGUUCGUCGUGCAAAGGACGGCGAUUUCGAGAAUGUCCGUGCUACCACUCACGAGCUGACUCGUCUCGUCGAAAAAGUGAAUCUUCAACCGAGUAUCCACUUGCAUCAGCAGAUGUCUGUGGAGGACGCCCUCGUCCUACCUGAUGGGCCGAUAAGCGACCAAAUGAUACAGUUUUUCUUUGAGUAUUUUCAUCCGGCAUACCCAGUCAUUGACAGGUCAGCGUUUAUCAGCCUGUAUAGGCAAGGGAAAGCCUCUACUCUGCUUCUACACAGCAUAUUCAUGGCUGCAUUAACUUGUGGCCCCGAGAGUCUCGUGAGGCUAGCUGGGUACACUGACCGAGCCACUGCAAAAAAGGCACACUUUCAACGCGCAAAGAGGCUGUACGAAGUCGGGCAUGAAACAGAUGCGACGAGCGUCGCGGCGGCACUCCAUCUGCUCAGCUUCUGGUGGAGUGAGCCGCACGAACAAGAGUCGUGGAUCUGGGCAGGAUGCUCUGUGACUCUAGCACAGUCAUUGGGCAUGCAUCGCGCCCUGGGAAGACGCAGGAUGAGCAAACGACUAGUGUCAAUCUGGAAGCGCAUAUGGUGGUCCAUCUAUAUUCGCGACCGACACAUCGCAGCAGCACUUGGGCGGCCUUGUCGCAUCAGAGACGAGGACUGCGACGUCGAAGCUCUUACAGAGGACGACUUCUACGUAGACUUGGUUGCCGACGAUGAACUGGUAGCACCCCAGAAGGCCCAUCAUGUGUCUUACUUCCUUGACAUUGCCAAGCUGUCGGCUAUACUUGGAGAUAUCCUUAUUGGGGAGUUUAGCCCUCGUCCGCCGGCCCUGGAAAGGUACGAACCGACUUGUUCUGCCCAAAGGCUGCAGGCAUGGCGUUCGGAAGCCUGCUGCGUCACGUCUGACAGUCUAUCAACUGAAUCAAGCGGCUUGUUCUUCUGGGCCAGCAUGCUGGAUGUCUCAUAUCAGAAUGCCUGUAUUUUACUCUUCCGACCCAAGCCUACGAGAUAUCAGGCAAUGCCGGAAUCUGAGCGAGCCAAAAGAGCCCAGCGCGCGGCAGAUGCAAUAACGCGAACUGCAGAGGAUCUUUUGUCUGUAGACUUAUUACAGCACACCCAACUUCAUCUCGUCCCUGGGUUGUUCAGCGCCCUUUCCGUAUACACACUAGCCCUCGAUGGAAGAAGCAAUGUCCAUCGGAAGCUUGUAGAAAACAAGUCACGGCAGUGCAUUUUAGCAUUGAGUGAAUUGGUCAAGGUCUGGCCCGUGGGCAUGUGGCUGAAGAUGGCUUUUGUGAACUUGCUACGACGUCUUGUUAGCCAGAGAUCCGUGGACGGUGGACGGGGGGACGAGGCCAAUGAGAACAUGGAGGUUCACCAUGGCGACCAGUUCCAUGCCAACUCGGUUGUUCAGCCUGUACAGCCCCAAGAAGUCUUUUUGGGUAGUGGACUUGGAACUGCUAUUGAUUUUGCAUAUGACGCCUCUUGGUUUGGGAGUUCAGAGUGCAUUUUUGAUGCAGAAAUCUUUCAAGAAGAACUAUCCUCUUUUGUACCAUAG